CGCAUUUGUGUCUUGCAGUUCAAGUGGUGCGGGUCUUGGUUUGUUUUUUAUUUUAGCGCGAAAUUACGAAAUUUUCUCAUUGCGUUAUUAAUUAAUAAUUGAAAAUGCGCCCAAGCCGAGUUCGAUACUUCGCACGCGUUUUCGUCUGUAGGAUGAGCAAUGCGGGAAUCGAUGGCGGAGGAGGAGGAGGAGGAGGAGGCGGCGGCGGCGGAGGAUCUGGUGCAGGAUCGCCAGCAGUGCCACCCACAACGCCACCACCCACUGGCCAUGGAUCCACUCGUCGCCUGAGCCACUUGUCGGGCAAUAGCCGUUCGGGAGGAGCCGCCGCCAUGGGCAAUGUGGUGGGCUGGCUGAAGCAGGCUUCCAUUGAAGUGCGUGACGCCGGCACACGAACUCUGUCGAUGCUGCAGAGCAGCAAUCCCAACUUUCGUUCCCUGGACUUAUCUCUGGGCACGCCCACAUCCACUACGCCCACCUCCAGCGAAGUUCCAGUUGCACCGGCCAGUGCCACCGCCUCGUUGAGUGGUUCCACAUUGCAAUUUGGACCGGAGGAUCCAGAGGAGGCAGCCGCCACCGGAGGAAGUCAGUCGCUGACACCGCUGGAUGCCAGGGAACUCCUGACCAGACCCACACGCGCCUACGCCUCCGUCAGCCAGCCCCAGAGUCCCAGACAUCGAGGCUCCGGAUCGGCAUCCGUUUCCGGAUCGCGAAUAAUCACACACGGCCUGACCGGACGAUCCACAUCGAUAUCAUCGCAGCUGGAGAAGACCAAGAGGCUGCUGAAAAUGACCGAGGGCGAGGACAAGCCGCUGACCAUUCUGCACUACAACGAUGUCUACAACAUUGAGUCCAUGGCGGAAACGGAGCCGGUGGGCGGAGCAGCCCGUUUUGCCACGGCCAUCAAGAGUUUUGCACAUCUGAAUCCGCUGGUCCUCUUCAGCGGAGAUGCCUUCUCGCCCAGCAUGUUGAGCACCUUCACCCAAGGCGAACAAAUGAUUCCCGUGCUCAAUACGGUGGGCACACACUGUGCCGUCUUUGGCAAUCAUGAUUUUGAUCACGGCCUGGAUGUCCUGGUGAACCUGAUCAAGCAGACGGACUUCCCUUGGCUUAUGUCCAAUGUGGUGGACAACGAAACCGGUCGUCCUUUGGGCGGUGGCAAGAUAUCGCACUUCAUACUGCACAAUCAAAUCUCAAUUGGAUUGAUAGGUCUGGUGGAGCGGGAGUGGCUGGAGACCCUGCCGACCAUUGAUCCCAAUGAGGUGACCUACAUCGACUAUGUGGAGGCCGGCAAUAAGCUGGCCCGCGAGCUGAGAAACGAGGGCUGUGACCUCAUUAUUGCCCUCACCCACAUGCGCACCCCCAACGACAUCAAUCUGGCCGAGAAGUGCAACGGCAUCGACAUUAUCCUCGGUGGCCACGAUCACGUUCGCGAGGUGACCGAAAUCAACGGCAAGAUGAUCGUCAAGUCGGGCACUGACUUCCAGCAGUUCUCGGUAAUCACCAUCGAACGGGAUGCCGCCAAUCGGGAGCACUUCACCACGGACGUCAAGUGCUUCGAUGUGACGGCCAAAAUUCCCGAGGAUCCGGCCCUCAAACAGGAGCUCUCCAAAUAUGCCAAGUUCAUCGAAAGCAAGCUGUCUGAUGUGAUGGGAGUGUUCAGCGUGGAACUGGACGGACGUUUCUCGCGGGUGCGAACCCAGGAGACGAAUCUGGGCAACUGGGUGUGCGACGUGGUGCUGGCCGCCGUUGGCGCCGAUGUGGUCAUCUUGAAUGGCGGCACCUUCCGCUCGGAUCGCGUGCAUCCGGUGGGUGCCUUCACCAUGGGCGACCUGGUUAAUGUCAUCCCCAUGCGUGAUCCACUCAUUCUGCUCGAGGUCAAAGGUCAGGUGCUGUGGCAGGCCCUGGAAAAUGGCGUGUCCGCCUACCCAAAGCUGGAGGGUCGCUUUCCCCAAGUGGCGGGCAUCAGCUUCGCCUUCAAUCCGCAGGCGGAGCCCGGUAAGCGCAUCGAUCCGCAACUAAUCCAGGUGGGCGAUGAAUACCUCAACCUGGAGCAGAAAUACAAGCUGUGCGUCAAGAGCUACAUCUUCAUGGGCUGCGACGGCUAUACCAUGUUCAAGGACGCCACUAUUCUGAUGGAUGACGAUGCCUGUCCCGAAUUGGGCAUUACACUGCAGAAUCACUUCAAGGCGAUUAACUCGCGGAAGUGCGGUCAGAACACAAAGCAUCGGCAGUCGUUGGUAACUUCCCGAAGGCACAGUCUGGUGCAGUGCCUCGACAGCAUGGAUCUGGAUGGACCAUCGCCCAUCAGAAAACUCUCGGUGGGUCAUCACAACAAGUCGAUGGAUCUGACGCAUGGAAAUUCGCAGAAGAUGCUACGACGUGCUUCCUUGGACGAUUUAGAGCAGUCCACCUGCGAUUUGGCGCCUCAACUGGAGCACCGCAUCAUUAUGAUACAAAACGAAGAGCAUCAACGACAGUUACUGUUUAAAAAGGAAACGCACAUCAUGAACUCCACGAUCACCGAGGCUGAGGACGAUUACAAGAAAAUAAGACAACUUGAUUUAAGGGCAGGUUCCGAUUUGGAGAGAAACAUUUAAAUAGGGAUUAUAGGCAGAGCAAAGAAAAGAUAUACCCCGAUAGAUAGUUAGUUAGUUGGCAGAUCUGUAUGAUCGAGCCCUAUAUUUAUUACCGUUUAUUGUUACCGCUCCUCCGUUUUUUUUUUUUUCGGCUAAGUUUCGUUGUAAACAUUAGUAAGACUUCCCCAGAGAUGUAUGAACUUGAUAUUGAUAUUGUAUAUGAUGUAUGUGUAUGUAGUGAGUACGUGUACCUAAAGCUUACCGCUAGUUUAAUUUACUUUUAAUUAGAUAAACUGAUUUACACAA